AUGUCGACUGUGACAAGUGCCCAGCCACCAGAGGAACCUAAUUCUCCCCUCCUCGAAGAAAAACCAAAGGGAAAAUCACUCUUUAAUUUGGGUUCACUCUUUGCUAACAGGAGUGAGCAAUUUGUCAUUGCCAGGAGUGACAGUGUGCCAGAGGAGAACGUCCUGAAAAUAACCAUCACGGAGACAACGGUCAUUGAAUCAGACCUGGGCAUCUGGAACUCUCAUGCCCUCAUCUACCUCACUUUGUGGUUUUUCUUCAGCUUUUGCACUCUUUUCCUUAACAAAUACAUUCUCUCACUACUGGAAGGAGAGCCCAGUAUGCUAGGUGCUGUUCAAAUGCUUUCAACCACCUUCAUUGGCUGUAUAAAAAUGUUUGUUCCAUGCUGCUUGUACCAACACAAAACACGCAUCUCUUACCCACCCAACUUCAUCAUGAUAAUGCUGUUUGUUGGAUUAAUGAGAUUUGCAACAGUGGUCUUGGGUCUUGUCAGCUUGAAAAAUGUGGCAGUUUCAUUUGCAGAAACUGUGAAAAGCUCUGCUCCUAUUUUUACUGUUAUCAUGUCUCGGAUGAUAUUAGGAGAAUACACUGGAUUGCUGGUUAAUCUGUCUCUCAUUCCUGUCAUGGGUGGGCUGGCUCUCUGUACAGCCACUGAACUCAGCUUCAACAUUCUGGGUUUCUCAGCAGCUUUAUCCACUAAUAUCAUGGACUGUUUGCAAAAUGUCUUCUCCAAGAAACUGCUCAGUGGAGACAAAUACAGAUUCUCAGCCCCAGAGCUUCAGUUCUACACAAGUGCUGCUGCAGUGGUUAUGCUUAUUCCAGCCUGGAUAUUUUUCAUGGAUGUGCCUGUGAUUGGGAAAAGUGGGAGAAGCUUCAGCUACAACCAAGAUGUUGUCAUACUUCUGGUAAUAGAUGGAGUCUUGUUCCACCUACAAAGUGUUACAGCCUAUGCCUUGAUGGGAAAAAUUUCUCCUGUGACUUUCAGUGUUGCUAGUACUGUGAAGCAUGCCCUGUCCAUCUGGCUAAGUAUUAUUGUGUUUGGCAACAAAAUCACAAGCCUCUCAGCCAUUGGGACUGUCCUGGUGACAAUUGGAGUUCUACUCUAUAACAAGGCAAAGCAGCAUCAGCAAGAGACUAUCCACAGCCUGGCAGCUGCAGCCCCACAGGCUGCACAAAGCACAGCAGAAGAUACUGAGCCACUCAUUUCCAAGGAUUUGGAACCCUAUGAUUAA